GCCAGCUUACGCAUGAAAAUUAAAUAUGGCAUGUAACAUAUUAUGCUACAUACGUCAGUGACUAUUAAGUAUUUAAACACCAUGAUAUAGACUUGGACCUGUAGAAAAAGCCGAAACAUGUCACUGUCGAUCGCAGUCGGAACAUUAUUCUUUGUUGCUUUUGUAGCAGCAAAGAGUUCUUUUCACCCACUCUCCGAUGAGUUUAUAUCUGACAUAAACUCGAAACAAAGUUCCUGGAAAGCUGGCCGAAACUUCCCAUUGGACACUCCUCUUACUUACAUCAGGCGACUAAUGGGAGCACUCGAGAAUCCAUCGCCCAUGCUCCCCGUCAAAACCUACGACGCUGAUUUAAUAGCCAGUCUACCGGAAAACUUCGAUUCUAGACAAAAAUGGCCGAAUUGCCCGAGUUUGUACGAUAUCAGAGACCAGGGAUCGUGUGGAAGCUGCUGGGCUUUCGGCGCCGUCGAAGCCAUGACCGACAGAGUCUGCAUUUACUCGAACGGCACUAAACAGUUCCACUUUUCAGCUCAAGACCUGGUCAGUUGCUGCCCGGAUUGUGGAAGUGGUUGUCAAGGUGGAUAUUUAGAUAAAGCGUGGAAAUACUGGCAGGAAGUAGGCAUUGUAUCUGGAGGGCCGUAUCAUUCGAGCCAGGGCUGCAGGACUUACGAGAUCGCUCCCUGCGAGCACGCCGUAGACGGCCCCAGGCCGAAGUGUCAUGAAGAGGAAAAUACUCCGGCCUGCGUGAAUAAGUGUGAAGCUGGUUACGACAUAGAGUAUAACCAGGACAAGCACCGAGCCAAGCAAGUUUAUAUGCUUAAGGGAGAAGAUGACAUUAAAGCGGAAUUAUAUAAAAAUGGCCCUGUUGAAGCUAGUUUUAUAGCAUACGAGGAUUUCGUUCAUUAUAAAAGCGGCGUAUAUUCUUACACAUCAGGAGAAAAGCAUGGUGGUCACGACAUUAAAAUCUUGGGAUGGGGCGUGGAGAACGGCCAGAAGUACUGGCUGUGUGCCAAUUCGUGGAACAGCGACUGGGGAGACAAGGGCUACUUCAAGAUUCUCCGAGGUGAGAACCACUGCGGCAUCGAGGGCCGCGUUGCAGCCGGGGAACCCGACUUAGAUGUAUUUUAAAUACCUACAAAUGUAGCUCCUAACUCUUAAAAAUUUAUAUUAACAUUUUAAAUAAAAAAGAAAAAUCUAACAUGUUUUUCUGUCAAGUCACGCGUAAAGUAAUCAAUACUUACGCCAAAUUGGCAAAUCUAUUUUCCUAGGGACUUCGGGGAUCCGUGACCAGAAAGAGACAAACGGAACCCUAAGCUCCUACCCUCUAUCCGUCAGGGAAAUGUAAUGUAAUGUUUCAUGAUAAAUAACACCAUCCAUCUGUUCCUUCACAGUUGUGUUGUUGUUGUUCGGUGAAAGAAAACAUCGUGAGGAAACCGGACUAAUCCCAAUAAGGCUUAGUUUACCCUCUGGAUUGGAAGGUCAGAUAGCAGUCGCUUUCGUAAAAACUAGUGCCUACACCAAAUCUUGGGAUUAGUUGUCAAGCGGACCCCAGGCUCCCAUUUUU